AUGGACACUCUGGCAGGUCCCACUGGCCAGGACCUCUUUGUCAAUGGGUGCCUUAUGGAAAGGCAGGUCAACCUCUGGGAGCAAACUGACAACCUCGGUACAGCACUGCUCCAAAUCAAUGAGGAACGAGACGACCCUGGGUCUUGGCUUUGGGCUAAUAUGCUGCUUAAUGCCAGCAGCAGGGCUGGGGAGCAGUGCUGGGGCCGAAGCUCUUCUCCACAGAGGGAGGACAGAGCAGCCCUGACCACGGAGCCCCUCUCUGCCCCUCCACGCACUGGGAGUAUCUGUUGGCAGCGGCUGCUGUUCACAGCCUCAUUGUUAACCUUCUGGAGCUCCCCCACCUCUGCUCAACUCCAUGUUGAACUGGUGCCGCCCCUGGUUGCUGAAGGGAAGAACGUUCUUCUGGUUGUCCACAACCUGCCUGAGAAUGUUUUUGUCUUUUACUGGUACAAAGGGAAACGUUUAGGCAAUGCCAAUGAAAUUGCACGAUAUUUAAUACCCAGAAAUGAAAAUAGGACAGGGCCUGCACACAGUGGUAGGGAAACCAUAUUUCCCAAUGGAUCCUUGCUGUUCCAGAACGUCAACCAGAACGACACAGGAUUCUACACGCUACAGACCUUCACUCCAAGAGGUGAUAGGAACGAAAUACCUGUGCAGCUCCACGUACACCCUGACCCAGGGCAAGGAAGUUCUGGCCUCUCAGGAGGAGCCAUCGCCGGUAUCGUGGUUGGAGCUGGGGCUGGAGUGGCCCUGAUAGCAGGCCUGGGGUAUUUCCUGUACAGCAGGAAGACUGGCAGGUCCUGCCCCUCUGAUAACUCUUCCAAGAAGGGUCUCAUCACGUAUGCUGAACUCGACAGUAACUCAGUGCGGACUUGAACUUGUGGCAGUCUUCUGGCAUUGCCCUCUCAAGUGCAGGAUUUAAGAGUGCAUGCCACUGUGCCUGGCCGAGAAUGAGGCGUUCCUGGAGACACAGCUGUGAGAGCAAGUUUGAGUCCACAUUCCCUCCAUGCUGCAGGAGAGAGAGAUUGGCUAAGCUCUCCGAUGAAUCUCAGGCAGAGUGCAAGGGUGAGGGGAUGAAGAGGUGUGGAUGGGGGAGGGGGUC